UUUUGCUGGCCCUGUGGUAUAUAAAGAAAGCGAAGUGUCGGCCACACUGUAAAUCGUUUCUGCUUGUCAUUUUGGCCUGAGUUUUUUGCCGCAAAUUGCAGGUAAUUUUGCGAAAAACAGGAGUCGCAGGAAGGAAACACCUCGAAAGCAAAGCAGCCCGGUACCUAGCAAUCGGUGCAGACGUCAUUGUAAAGCCCCGAGUCGAAAACCCAGAAAAAGCACAAACAUGCCGUCGCAGGAGGUGAGCGUAAACAAAGUGAUAGUGCAUCCAUUGGUUCUGCUGUCCGUGGUGGAUCACUUCAACCGGAUGGGAAAGAUUGGCAACCAGAAGCGCGUGGUGGGAGUGCUUCUGGGCUGCUGGCGAUCCAAGGGAGUCCUCGAUGUGUCCAACAGCUUCGCAGUGCCCUUCGACGAGGAUGACAAGGACAAGUCGGUGUGGUUCCUGGACCACGACUACCUGGAGAACAUGUACGGCAUGUUCAAGAAGGUCAACGCCAGGGAACGGGUCGUGGGAUGGUAUCACACGGGUCCCAAGCUCCACCAAAACGACAUAGCCAUCAACGAGCUGGUCCGGCGCUAUUGUCCCAACUCCGUGCUGGUCAUCAUCGACGCCAAGCCCAAGGAUCUGGGCCUGCCCACCGAGGCGUACAUAUCGGUAGAAGAAGUCCAUGACGAUGGCUCCCCGACCAGCAAAACAUUUGAACAUGUGCCCAGCGAGAUUGGCGCCGAGGAGGCGGAGGAAGUGGGCGUGGAACACCUGCUGCGUGACAUCAAGGACACAACCGUGGGCAGCCUGUCGCAAAAGAUCACCAACCAGCUAAUGGGCCUCAAAGGCCUGAAUGCCCAACUGCGCGACAUAAAGCAGUAUCUGCAGCGCGUCGGCGACAGUAAGAUGCCCAUCAACCACCAGAUUGUCUAUCAGCUGCAGGACAUCUUCAACCUGCUGCCCGACAUAACCAAUGACCAGUUCACGGGCACAAUGUACGUGAAGACCAACGACCAGAUGCUGGUCGUCUACCUGGCCUCCAUGGUGCGCUCGAUCAUUGCCCUGCACAACCUGAUCAACAACAAGCUGGCCAACCGCGACGCCGAGGAGGGCAAGAGCGAGAGCAAGGAGGCCAAGGAGAAGAACAAGGAGAGCAAGGAUAAGGACAACAAGGAGACCAAGGACAAGGACGGCAAGAAGGCGGAGGAGAAGGCCGACAAGGGCAAGGACGAAGGCGGCAAGGGUUCGCGGAAAUAGGAGCGGAAGAAAAAGCGCAAGCCCCGUCGCAAGCGAAAGAAGCAGGGGCCGCAGGACUAGCUACUGCUUCUUCUGUUCUCCAGGAACUGCAACACAUCUGCAGACCACACGGCGAGGGUGUGCAGUGGCCGCAGAAAUCAUCGUUCAUUGUCCCCAUGAAAUCAAGCUCCCUCUUUAUUAUUUCGCGUAACCAACUAAUGGCAAGUUUAUGUAAUUAAAAAUUAAAUAAUUUAAAUACUCCGA